AUGAAUGCUGCUGUCCGCUACGAGAUCGAGGCGGGCAACGAAGACGGCGCCUUCUCCAUAGACGCCACCACGGGGCGCGUCGCGGUGGCUGGAAAACUCGAUUACGAAAAGCGCAAAAUGUACGAGCUGCGGCUGGCAGCAUCGCGGGGACGCGAGGCGUCGGCAUCGCCGGCCGUGUCGCGGGCAGAGCUCGUGGUGACGCUGCUGGACGCGAACGACGAGCCGCCGAUCUUCCAGCAGCCCGUGUACCGCGCAGAGCUGCAGGAGGAGGAGGACCCCGCCCACCUGCCCAGGAGGAUACUCACGGUGAAGGCUGUGGACGGCGACGUGGAGCGUCCACAAGACGUGGUGUAUUCCAUCUCGGGACCAGGAGUCGCUCUUGAUGGAAGUGAUGAUGGCCACUUUCGAGUGGACGCCAACACAGGCGACGUGUUCGUCCUUACGCCUCUGGACCGCGACCCCCCGGAAGGCCGCCCUCUGUGGAGGUUCACGGCGUUCGCUCAAGACGAGGGCGGCGCCGGACUGGUGGGCUAUGCGGACGUGCAGGUCGCCCUCACCGACGUCAACGAUAACGCGCCCGCCUUCCAGCAGCAGCUCUAUCAUGGACAAGUCAUCGAAAACGCGCCAGCAGGAACGAUCAUCCUGAAUGUGACAGCAGUGGACAACGACGAUCCUUAUGAGGGAAGCAAUGCGAAGGUCAGAUAUUCCAUUGAGAAGAACGCUGUGGACGAGGACACGGACUCGGCCAUAUUUAAAAUUGACGUAGACACUGGCGAAGUAUCGACUGCGAUCUGUUGCCUGGACCGCGAGCGCACACCUGGUUACUCCAUCCAGGUGGUCGCCACAGAUGGAGGGGGACUCCAAGGAACUGCUACCAUAUCAAUUUCAGUGAGGGAUGUUAACGAUACGCCCCCAGAAUUUUCUAAGGAUGAAUGGUUUGUAGAAGUUGAUGAAACAGACGGCGAUAAUCUACCACAAAAACCUAUCCUCACAGUGACUGUACGGGACCAAGAUGAGCAAAACAUGUUUCAGUAUGAGGUAAUAGCAAACAGUGGUUACGGAGCAAAUAAAUUCGCACUUGUGCGAAACAAUGACGGAACUGGUUCUUUGAAAGUGGUUAAGCCACUGGAUUAUGAAGACGUCCAUGGUAACGUUCUGAGAUUCAAAAUUCAAGUCACUGACAUGAAUGAGAAUGACACGACGGGACAGCACCACACGGCCUAUUCGUGGGUUUCUGUCAAGCUCAGAGAUAUCAACGACAACGCCCCAGUAUUUGACCAUUCCAGCACUGAAGUUACAGUGCCAGAGGACACGGCAGUUGGAAAAGUAAUUGCGGCAUUUGAAGCAAAAGACGCAGACCAGGAUGGAAAGAGCGGCGUAACUUACUCCAUAGAUCACAGCUCCGACAGUGGAAGACACUUCCACGUAAACCGUUUCGGACAGGUGCUUGUCCAGAGAGAACUGGACAGGGAAGAGACUGCCAGGCACACGGUGAAUAUUUUAGCAGUAGAUGAUGGAGUACCUGCAAAGACAUCCACAGCAACACUGACAGUAAUUGUUGAAGAUGUUAAUGAUAAUGCUCCUCAUCUUUUAGAAAAUUAUGAGGCUAUUUUGUCUGAGCAUACUUCUCCUACAGAAAUACUAGAAAUAUUUGGAGCAGAUGCUGAUGACUAUUCAAGAAAUAAUGGACCUCCUUUCACUUUUCGGCUGCAUCCCAGUGCAAAUGAUCAAAUAAGAUCAUCAUUUGCUGUGUAUUUUGAUCGCAAGGGCCCAAAUGGUCAUGGCUCAGCAAUAAUAACAUCACUAAGGUCUUUUGAUCGAGAGGAAAAGAAAGAAUAUUUCAUACCAAUACUGGUGACAGAUUCUGGUUACCCACCACUGACAGGAACAACUACUGUAAGAAUUGUUAUUGGUGAUAUCAAUGACAAUAAAAUGAAACCUGGGAGAAAAAAUAUACAAGUUUACAAAUACCAGGAUCAAACUCCAGAAACAGAUAUUGGAAGGAUAUAUGUUCAAGAUCCAGAUGACUGGGAUUUACCAGACAAGAAAUUCUACUGGCAGGCACAUGAACAUCAUAGAUUUAAAGUUAAUGAAGCCUCAGGAAUGAUUACGAUGAAAUACAACACACCAGAAGGGAUAUACAAUUUGGCAUUCAGAGUAUCUGAUCACAGACAUUCACAAAACAAUGUUUCAGCAACUGUGACUGUUACUGUGAAGCAGAUUCCUGUUGAUGCCAUAAUCAGUUGUGGUUCUGUAAGAAUUUUACAUCUUUCUGAUGAAGACUUCAUUAAGGAAUGGAACAAUGUGGUAUAUAAACUUUUUUCAUUGCAGGAAAGUAAGGCAGAACAAUUUAAGCAAGCCUUGUCAGAAGUUUUGAAUACUGAAAGGAAAAACCUUGACAUAUUCAGUGUUAAGCAACAUAGAACAAAAAUACCUAUGUUGGACAUCUUCUUCUCCAUAAAAGAUUCAAGAUAUGACAAUCCUGAAAAGAUAAAUGGGCUACUUCAAGUACAUAAAGCAGAGAUAGAAAGGAAAACUGAUCUCGACUUGGUUGUGGCUGGAAUACACUACUGCUUCAUUGAUAAAAUAAAAUGCCAAGGACCAUGCAUCGACAGAUACAGGAUAAAUAGCCAACCAAUCUUAGUAGAUGCAAACAUGACCUCUUUAGUAGGAAUUUCAGUAAAUAUUACACCAGAAUGUGACUCAUCUGUACAAAACUUGGCUAUGAUUGAUAGAUGUCAUGAGAAUCAUUGUUACAAUGGUGGCCAGUGUUUUCAGAAAGGAAACAAUAUAAGGUGUUCUUGCCCAGAUGGAUAUGAGGGGCCACGUUGCCAACAGAUGGGAAUAAGUUUCCAAGGAGGCGGCUGGGCUUGGUUUCAGGCAAUUCAUCCACAAGCUGAAAAUCACAUUAGUCUUGAAUUCCUUACAAAUAAAGAUCAUGGUUUACUAUUUUACAAUGGCCCAUUGUCUUCUGUCAUAAUAGAUGAAGUUAUUAUGUCAGACUAUAUUGCACUGGAGCUACAAGAUGGUAAACCAAGACUACUUUUUCAUUUUGGAUACAGUACUACUGAGUUAUUUAUAAAAGUAAAGAAAAAGUUGAAUGAUGGAAUGUGGCACCAAAUGGAUUUAUUUUGGAAUUCAGAGUAUGUUCAUCUCAUAUUGGAUUAUUGUAAAUCAGCUGAUGUUAGGGAAACAAACAACAUGACAACAUCAUUUUUCAAUGGAACAAGUUGCAUGGUUAAGGGGAAAUUACCUAUAUUUGGAGGGCACCUGACUUUAAACAGCCCUCUGCAGAUUGGUGGCAUUUACUGGGAUGAAACAUCACAGGAAACAUUUAAAUGGAAUGCAAGUCCAAAUGCUGUUGGUUUCACAGGAUGUAUAAGGAAUCUUUAUUAUAAUGGGCAGAUUUUGGACUUGUCUGAUGUACUGCUGUCGUUGGGCACAGUAACUGGUUGUUCUCAUACAAAGCCUGCAUGCAGCAAUCUGGACUGCUCUGGACAUGGGACAUGCCAAGCAGACCUUACAGCCAGAGAGCCAUGGUGUUGGUGUGAUGCUGGGUGGAGGGGUCCAAGUUGCUCUUCACCAACUCAACCUGUCACAUUUCUACCUCACAGUUACGUCAAGUUUGCACUCUCAUUUGAAAUUGGGCACUUCACAACUUUUAUCCAGCUCAGAUUCAGGACAGAGGAAAAGGAUGGUGAAUUAUUUGGUCUGUCUGAUCAACAGUCUCUGGAGUAUGCCAUCCUUGAGAUACAACACGGGUAUCUAUAUUUUCGUUAUAACUUGAAUAGUAAACGUAUUGAAGAAAAAAGUAUCUGCUUAUGUUAUAUUUCUGUUGAUGAUGGAUACUGGCACAUGGCAAAGGUUUCACGAUAUGGUUCAUUGUCAAUAUUGCAACUGGAUGAUGGCGAAUUCUUAAGACGCAAUCAGACCUCAUUUUUUGAGGGGCAUCAGUGGCUCAUAAUUGAUAAACAAGAAGGUGCUCAUGCUGGUGGAAGGGCAGAGAAUACAGGCAUAAAUACGGUAGAAGUUUACUCUGACUACAGAAAUGGUUGUGUGGAUGAUAUUCGCCUGAAUGGAAGAAUUCUUCCCUUGCCUCCAGCUGCCAACAUCACUCAAUGGGGACAAGCAACAGUGGCUCUUAAUUUGGAAUUCGGUUGCAGUUUUUCUACAGACUGUAGCUUUACAAUUUGUACAGAACCAACAAAGUGCAGUGACACAUUAAAACAACACAAAUGUGUGUGCAGUGAUGCUCAGAUUUUAGCUGCAACCAGUAAGGAUUGCACUGAGAAAGACUGUGCAAGUACCUCUUGUGGUAAUACUAAGAACUGUCUGAAUCUUCAUUCCAAGUUCUAUUAUGAAUGUCGGUGUCCUGAUGAUGUAACAACCAUGAACUGCAAAUUUCUUGGUGAUAAAGAUACAUUUGGAAUUGGUGUUUGGGCUUUAAUAGCUUUGUUGUCUACACUUUUCUUAAUAUUAGUUCUGGCUGGAAUUAUUCUUAUUUAUAAACAUCACCACAACACUGAUCAGAAGAAACAGCAGAUAAAAAAUGAUGUACGAGAAAAUGUAAUUCAUUAUGAUGAUGAAGGUGUUGGUGAAGGUGACAUGACUUCCUCCAAUGUGAAACCACUGAUGAGUCCUGUCAAUGAAACUGAAAUUGUAGUCUCUUUUGAACUACACAAUCUACAACAAAACCAUGAAAGGACACUAAGAAGCAUUAUAAACAAAUACAAAGAUAAAACUGAUGCUGAAGUACAUAUGAAAACUAACGAUGACAUACAUAUCUAUUUCUGUGAAGGCAGCAGGAGUGGAUCAAGCUCUCUGUCAUCUUUAUGUACAGGUUCUGAAGACAGAGAACAAGAUCUGAAGUAUUUGGUUCAAAUGGGAUUAAUCAAAUCUGAACAAGACAGGAGAUCAACAUAG